AUGGAACGGAAGCACAAUGUCCACUGCUUCAGCAUCUCGCGCCUGCCGAUCAAAAAGUGCCCACCAGAACUUCUACUGGAGAUAUUCAAGCUUUAUCUCGGCGGCUCUCUCUAUCCAUUUGGCCAUCCGCGAAUCAAGAGCCUACUCCUGGUUUGCAGGGACUGGUAUCAACUGGUGAUGGACAGCCCCCAGCUCUGGGCACGCAUAGAGCUCGCACUCGAGAUUAGGCACGACGAGGCUCAACUGAAUACGCUCAGGCCAUAUGUGAUGGCUUGCCUGAACAGGAGCAAAGGCCUGUUGCUAGAUGUCGUGCUUCGAUUUGAGUCCGUGGAUGAUGCAGCAGCCAGAAUUGAGCGGUUGGCUAGCAAGAAUGCCAACUACUUCGACGAGCAGGGUAUAUGCGUGCGAAACAUCGAUUACCAGAAACUCCAGAGACUUUCGUCAGAAAUAAGUCGUACGGACUUCAGGUUUCACCUUCUUUCGGAGAUUGUAGGGCCUCAGGGACUCGGCGUCGCUCGUUGGAGGAGCCUUGAAGUGGAUAUGCCAGAUUACCACUAA